GGUACAUCGAGUUACUUGUUCUUGUUCUGAGCAGUUCAUUAAUGUCAACAAGUCAUGGACGGAUAGGAUACAAUAAAAAGUGUAUUUUGAAUAGUACAGCACAUGUUGAGAAGUAUGACAGAGUAUUUGUAUGUGUUGGGGAGUUCAGAGAACCUGGCUUCAAGAGACAACCUUGGCCAGAGUCAUACAUUGAGCUUCAUAAGUUGGCAGGAAGAACAUCGCGGAGCAAGAUUAUACAAGAAGGAAGAAAUGCACUUGACUAUUACAAGAUCAGAUAUGGAAUAGAUGUAAGUCACUUGGUAACUGAUGAUCAGAUUUACAAUGGAGAGGAUGUAGCACUGGGGGAUUACACAUUCUCACCAACAACUAUCUAUUUUGAUGAAGGUCUCUAUCGCUUGAUUAUUGAGUCAAAGGAAAAUAAGGCACACUAUUACAGAAACCCACCAGAAGUAACUGAAAUUUUAUUUUCUGUGAUAAUACACAAUGAACUUACAGAAGGAGGUACCUUUAACAAAACACUUUACCCCGGGGAUAUAUUGGGGUAUGGUGAAUACAUAAUUAAGACACCAGAGCGUUGUUCAAUGGAUGGAUUAACUGUACUUCAUGUUGUAAGUACUGAUCCUGUGAGAGCUCAUGGAGGGAAUGGCAUUGUAACACACCCUGACUAUGGAACAGGUUCUUUUCAAAUGUCAUUUGUGAAAAAUGAUGAUGGACUUACUAAAGUAACCAAUGUUCUUCGUUUUCCGGCUAAUUAGAAUUACCAUAACAAUUAGUAGUAGUAAUUAACUGCUUAUCAUGGAUAUGAAAUAAAUUUAAUAUAAUGUU